GCUACGGUCACAGCCAUGUUUUUCCUUGUUCUGUUUUUGUAUCUACCGCUGUCGUACGCACUCACUUGCAACCCAAAUGGUUUCAGAAGAGAUUGUGGACAUGUAGGUACUCAACAAUCGGAUUGUGAACAAAAAGGGUGUUGCUGGAGCCCUAAAGGCCACAUUCCAUGGUGCUUCUAUCCUAAUCCGUCAACUGUGUACGUUAUUCAAGACGCUGUGCAAACUUCUUUAGGAUAUGAGAUUACAUUGGUGGUAAAUGAUUCAAGCGUUGGUCAAGCAAUUUCUCCACUUUAUGUCAAUAUUACUUCAGAAACGAAAGAUCGACUUCAUGUAAAAGUUUUUGAUCCUAAAAACACCAGAUGGGAGAUACCACAAAACGUAAGUUCAUUUUCAAAUCCUCCAUCUUCACCACCGCCUGCCAGUCAGUAUAAAGUGAGUUUUGCAGGAAAGGGAGAAGAGUUCUGGUUUGCUAUUACAAGGAAGUCUAAUGGUGAGACUCUUUUUAAUUCAAGUGCAAACAGCAAUGGUGAAUUUAAUAGCUUGGUGUUUGAGGAUCAAUAUCUGCAGAUUGGAACGCAGUUGCCAUCUGGUUAUAAUUUAUAUGGACUGGGUGAACACGUUUGUCCUCUUCGAUUGAGCAGUGGUCAGACAUAUACGUUAUGGAACUUUGACACAGCAACACCAGUCAAUUUGAAUCUGUAUGGCUCUCAUCCUUUUUAUUUGGAACUUCGACAGUCUGGCUCAGCUCACGGUGUAUUUCUUCGUAAUAGCAACGGCAUGGAUGUGACAUUGAAUGAAGAAUCUUUGUCAUACAAAGUCAUUGGAGGAAUAUUAGAUUUUUAUUUCUUUCUGGGACCACAAGCAGAAGCUGUUAUUCAGCAGUAUCAUGAAGUUAUAGGUCGUCCUUAUCUCCCUCCGUAUUGGGCACUUGGUUUCCAUCAAAGUCAUUAUGGAUAUAAGAACGUAGAAGCUUUACAAGAUGUCGUUGCACAGUACAAGUCGAACAAGUUACCGUUGGAUACUAUGUGGAAUGACAUAGACUACAUGGAUCAGUACAAAGACUUUACUUUGGAUCCCGUGAAUUUUCCAGAAAAGAAAAUGAAGCAAUUUGUAGAUGAGUUACAUGAGGAUGGUCAGCAUUAUGUUGUCAUUAUUGAUCCGGGCAUAAAGAAACAAUCAGGCUACAAGGCAUACGAUGAUGGUAUCCAUGCAGGAAUCUUUAUUAAAGACAAAAACAACAACUUCUUUGUUGGCAAGGUGUGGCCUGGUAACACAGUAUUUCCAGAUUUCUUUCAUCCAGCUGCCCAGCAGUAUUGGCAGGAUCAGAUUGCUGGCUUCUUGAGUAUACUCCCAGUCGAUGGUCUUUGGGUUGACAUGAAUGAGAUAAGUAACUUUUGCAACGGCGAGUGCACAAGUGAUGUAGAUUUUGUGUCUGACACUAAUGAAGUACGCAACUCAAUUUACAUGAAGCAGGAAAAUGUCGGUUUUGAUCCAAAUAAUCCUCCAUAUGCCAUCAACAACCAAGGAAACCACAUUCCUUUAAACAUCAAAACAUUAGACAUGGAUGCUGUACAUUAUGGUGGAGUGCUGGAGUAUAAUUCACAUAAUCUCUUUGGUAUCAUGGAAGACACUGCGACUAGCAUUGCAUUGAGAAUUCUAACAAAGAAGAGAUCAUUUGUUCUGAGUCGUUCAACAUUCCCCGGAUCUGGUGUGUACACUGCAAAGUGGACUGGAGAUAAUCAUGCGAAUUUCAAUGAUCUCUACUAUAGCAUUCCUGGAAUGCUAAACUUUCAAAUGUUUGGUAUUCCUCUUGUUGGAUCAGACAUAUGUGGCUUUAUAGGAGAUACGAACGCAGAGUUGUGUGCUCGAUGGAUGCAAUUGGGUGCAUUCUAUCCGUUUUCUCGAAAUCACAACAACAAGGGCUCGAAGAGCCAAGAGCCGUACAUGUUUGGUCAGCAAGUAACCGACAUCAGUAGGAAAAUAUUGAACGUUCGGUACAGCUUGUUGCCAUAUUACUAUACUCUGUUCUACUAUGCAAGUCGUCCUGUGUCUGCAUCAAACGUGCCAGCAGCUACUGUGACUCGACCGUUGUUCUUUGAAUUUUCCGAUGACAAUAACACAUACGGCAUAGACAAACAGUUUAUGGUGGGCAGUGGACUUUUAAUCAGUCCUGUGCUUACUCAAGGUGCCGCGUCUGUGACUGCUUACUUUCCCAAAGCUCGAUGGUAUGAUUUCUUCAGUAAAGAAAUAACGUCCGAGUCAGGUGCAGAAUCCAAGACACUGGCUACACCUCUGGAGAGCAUUCAAGUGCAUGUUCGAGGAGGAGUGAUCGUUCCUAUGCAAGAGCCUUCUCUUACAACAGCAGCAUCUCGACUCAAUCCAUACCAAUUACUUGUAGCACUCGACUCUUCGGGCAUGGCAAAUGGGUCAUUGUACUUGGAUGACGGCAUCUCGCUUAAUGUGACCAGGUACUCUCUCAUUACUUACACGGCAAUGUCAACUUCCGGCCAAACGACUCUUACAUCAAAGGCUCAAACGACUGUAACCAACGACAGUGAAAGUGCGGCUCCGCCCAUGAACACUAUCAUCGUGCUGGGCGUGGCUAAAAAGCCCAGUACCGUGACCGCAAACAGCAAACCGCUCCCUUCAUCUCAAGUUUUGUACAACUCGACGAGUUUGUCGCUUACUUUGUCUAUGCUCGCACUCCCCAUGGAAAGUGAUUUUACUUUGUUAUGGAAAUAGGCCCAACUUUCUGGACUCGAACUUUUCUAGCAAACUUUUGAUCUAAUCAUUGCAUCGCUUUUGUUGUACUGUAUUUGCUAUUGAUGGGUAUUUGGUUACUGUACAAUGUGCAAUCUGCUAUGAAGCUACGCAUCGGUAUGCAAAAGUCUAUCAGAUUCUAAGGAUAUUGACC